AUGGCCGACAGCUCUGCAUCCGAGAACACGCCCCUCCUUUCAACGGCCGACGCCCCCUCCCCCGAAUCUUCAAGGCUGCCGAGACCGCCGAGAACAGUCACCUUCAACCCGAACCCCGUCAGCAAGACAAUCGAGCCGGACGCCGCGUACCAACAGCAUGCCCGUGGGCAUGCGCCGCAGUCGUAUCGCCCACCCACCUCCCCAGCCAGCAUCAGUGGGCUAGGUGGUGGCCCGCCCAUGUUUUCUGCCUUGAACAACAGACUCCUCCGCCGCAACAGCCAUGGCGGCGUCCCGAGCGGGCAUCCCGGCGGCCUGCCACUAGUCACCGCUGCCGCCGGGUUGCCCAAGAUUGGCCCGCAGCGCAGCACCAAGAACGCCCAGAAACUCAAGCUUCUGCCGACCCCCGAACCAGAAGGAGACAGUGACGAGGAGAGCGGUCGCGAUGUCUACUCGCAAUACACCCGCAUCAAGGACCCAACCGCCCGCCGCGACGCCGCCCGCCUCGGGAAAGCAGACCGCGACAAGUUACCACGGGUUACUGCGUACAGCACGGCGAAUAGGUACCAAAUGGACGGCCUACUACACUUCAUGAAGGGGAGAGGGAAAGGGAGGGGAGCGAACCCCAAGCUGAUCGACGAGUGCAUCUACACGCCGUACAGCUACAGCUCUAAGCAGGUGCAGAACGCACGGCAAGCGAACUUCCUCGAGGUCCAGUCGAACCCAGAAAGGCGCCACUCGACAGGCAACGUGCACGAUAUCCCCAGCGAAUCCAGCCACUCCACCCUCGGCAACGGCAUCCCCCAACCCCACGACCCUACCGAUGAUAUCCUCGUCCAAGAAAUCCCGGAAGAAGCCAUGGCCGAUGAGUUCGUCGAAUUCGACAUCCACGUGCACACCCCCGAGGUGUUCCUCUUCGAAUACGGCGUGGUGGUAAUAUGGGGCAUGUCGGCCGCCCAAGAGCAGCGCUUCCUUAAAGAGCUCUCCAAAUUCGAGGUCGAGAAGCUCGCCCCCGACGAUGUCGAGACGGAGAAGUUCAACUUCUAUUACACCCACGAGUACCAGGCCCGCAUCUACAACGACUUUAUCACGCUCCGCGACAAGGGCAACUACAUGACCAAGCUAGCCAUUUCCCACGCCCUCGCGCAGAGUGUCAAGACCUCCCUCUUCGAAGAACUCAUCGCCUCGACCAUCGACACGUGCAAGAACAUACCGGCGCAGCUGGCGCUGACGGGCAAGAUCGCGCUGUCGCGGUCCGAGAUCAACAUGCAGAUCGGCGAGCUCUUCAUCCUGCGCAUCGGCGUGCACCUCAACGGCUCCGUGCUCGACACCCCGGAGCUCUUCUGGGUCGAGCCCCAGCUCGAGCCCGUCUACCAGGCCGUCCGCAGCUACCUCGAGAUGGACCAGCGCGUCGGCCUGCUGACGGAGCGCUUGGAUGUCAUUGCCGAUUUGUUGGCGGUGCUGAAGGAGCAGUUGAGUCAUGGCCAUGGGGAGAAGUUGGAAUGGAUUGUGAUCAUCCUAAUUGCGGCCGAGAUCGUAGUCGCCCUAGUAAAUAUCGCCGUUGAUCUGUGGGUGGGAAUUUGA